UUUGAUGCUACGUGGAUAGGAAGUAAUUCACGAGCAGCUAGAGAGAAUCUAAACUAAACAGUGUGCCCAAACUGAAAGACGAGUAAAGCAAUGACACGUUCGUCGUCUGUUUAUCGAUAUUACCGAAUUUCAUUUUAGCAUGGGAUUAUGUCGACUGUCAGCGAAGUGUUAGUUGUUUUCGAGCUGAAUUAGCUGCUAAGCUAAUGUGGACAGCGGCCUUAUAAACAAACACCGACCUGGUUUGUGGAAUAAACCUGCUCGUACAUGGGAUGCUUUUAAUGAUGUUUUGUUUUUUGUAGACGUUCGCUGCAUUGCCACAUAACCAGGGGAAAGUAGAACAGUAUGAGUUGGUUCAACGCGUCCCAUCUAUCUAGUUUUGCCAAACAAGCUCUUACAACUGCUCAGAAAUCCAUCGACAGAGUUCUGGACAUCAAAGAAGAGGACCAGAGUGAUACGACCGCACCGACCUUUGCUGAUGCACCAGGCAAGCUGGUAUCAACAGGAUGGGCUAUGAACCAGUGGAACUCUCCCUCAGAGGAACACACCAAGACUCUCUCCCCAUCAUCUGAGGCCAUAACUAAGCCUGUCACAAGGACUGUGGUUGACGAAUCAGAGGAUUUCUUCAGUGCCUUUCUGCCUCAUGGGGAUAUACAAACAGCAAACAACACUAAGGUGGUGUCUGUGCCACCUGCCAAGUCUAACCGCAGGUUACGGGAAAAAGCAGACAAGGAGAAUGAUCUUGAAGUCAAAAACAGCGUUAGCGCUCAUUCAGAAGAUCAGGUAGUUCUCAGUAGAUGCAGCAGCCAGGAAAAUGCUGAGAUUAAGUAUACUGAGACAGAGCUGUUGGAGCAAAAGACAUCCUUAGAAAAUGUGCUGUCACAAUCUGAACCGGUUGUUCUUCUAACUCCAGUCAUUGCACCAGAGCAAGCUGUCGAACAGGAAACUUGCGAGGACAGGACAGAACCUGAUGGAUUGACUUUUACAUCAGAUGUUACACUUACAAAUGUACCUUUAUCGUCCUCAGAGACUGAGCCUGUUAUUGUCUUUGAUAGCUCAGAACCAGAUUUGACCAUUGAGACCAAGAGUCCCACCAAAACACUGUCUGUCCCUCCUAAAGAAAUCCUAUUAGAAUCUAAAGAUGUUAAGUCAGAGGAUAGACAAAGUGACACCCCGUCUCCCCCUGUAAGUGCCUUCUCCUCUGGUACUUCCACUACCAGUGACAUAGAAGUUUUGGACCAUGAAAGUGUGCAAAGUGAGAGCUCGGCCAGCUCCAGACAGGAGACUGUGGAAGCUAAAGCAGCGCUGCACCUGAUGAAGGGCUCCUUUCAACUGCUUUCUUCCUCAACAUGUGGGGACUUCCCUCGUCUGGAAGAAUACCCUAAACUCACUGAAAGCUGCGGUUCCUCUUCAGAUGCCUUUGAGCGCAUUGACUCAUUUAGCGUGCAGUCGCUGGACAGCCGCAGUGUCAGCGAAGUGAAUUCAGAUGAUGAGAUCCCGGGUAACCACACUUUAGCCUCCAUCACAUCUGGACCCAUGCCUGCUCCUGUUCAGUCAUCCCCACAGACCAAACAGGAUGAGGAAGAAGAGGGGUUGACUGAGUCCAUGCAUGAACAAUCACUGGAUGAUAACGAAAUGGAGGAGAGCGGGCGCAGUGCAACGCCGGUGAACUGCGAGCAGACGGAUGAGCUGCAGGAAGGUAACCAGGAGCCUGAUACUGACCUCACAAUGACCAACCAAAAAAAUGAUGCAAACGAGACAUCACUGACAACUCUGGAGAAACAAGGAGCUUCGACGUGUCAGAUAUUGGAGCUUCAAAAGGUAAUUGAGGAGCUCUCUAGCCGACUUGAGAAGAGAGAAUUGCAAUUACUUGUGGUCAGUAAAGACAAGGCUAGACUUGAGGAGGAGUAUGACAAUCUCAAAGAUGAGAUGAUCAGCUUGAAGGAAGAAAGCUCCACUGUUCAGUCUUUAAAAGAUGAGUUCACUCAGUGCAUAGCUGAAGCAGAGAGGAAAGCUCAGCUCUGCUGCAAGGAAAGAGAUAUCGCUAAAAAGGAAAUAAAAAGCCUCAGAGAAGAACUGGCUAGCAGAUUAAACUCAAAUGAGACUUUGGAACUGAUUAAAGAGAAGGAGGAACAGAUCAGAGAGCUUCUUGAAGAAGGUGAGAAACUUUCCAAGCAACAGUUACAGCACUCCAACAUCAUAAAAAAACUGCGUGUGAAAGAGAAAGAGACUGAUGCACAGAUCACCAAACACACCAAGAAACUUAAGGAGCAGGAAGAAGAGUUAAAACACUUGCAGCAGGUUUUGGAUGGUAAGGAGGAAGUAGAAAAGCAGCACAGAGAAAACAUUAAGAAGCUGAACGCUGUGGUGGAGCGACAGGAGAAGGAAUUGAGCAGACUGCAGACCUCCAGCGAGGAGCUCCAGGAGAUAAAUCGGAGUUUGCAAGCAGCACUGGACAGCUCCUACAAGGAGUUAUCAGAGCUGCACAAGACCAAUGCCACGAAGGAUAGUGAAGCCCAGGAGCUGGCGCUGAGCAGAGAGGUGCAAGCGAAAGAGGAGCUCAGUCUGGCAUUGGAUAAAGCCCAAGAAGAGUCCCGUCUCCAACAAGAAGCUCUGGCUGAUCAGGUAGCAGAUCUGAGGCUAGCUCUACAGAGGGCAGAGCAGCAGCAGGCCAAGAAAGAAGAUUACCUGAGGGAGGAGAUCAGUGAGCUUCAGCAGAGGUUACAAGAAGCAGAGACCAGGAACCAGGAGUUAAGCCAAAGUGUUACUUCAGCAACGCGACCCCUCCUUCGGCAAAUAGAGAACCUCCAGGCCACGUUGGGGGCCCAGACAACAUCAUGGGAAAAACUGGAGAAGAACAUAUCUGACCGUUUAGAUGAUGCUCAAGCCCAGCUUGCUGUUUCUGUGGAGAAAGAGCGCUCAGCAACAGAGGAGCUGCUUGCUAUCCGAGCACAAAUAGCAUCUUUAGAAUCUCAGACUUCCCUGUUGAGGCAGGAGAAGGGACGUCUGCAGGGACAGCUGGAUGCAGAGAGGAUGCGACGGGAAAAACUGGAGGAUGACUUUAGCAGGGAGCAUGUGGAGCUGGAGAAUCUUAAAGGGGAACACACUCGAGUGCUGGAGGAGGCCAAGAAGGAGAAGUUGCUUCUCACCAACCAACUGGAAAUGGAGAAAAUGAAGGUGGAGCAGGAGAAGAAGAAAUGCUACCUUGCACAAGAAGCCCUUAAAGAAAAGGAGAGGAAGUCUAUGAGUCUGUCUGUGAGUGAUGCUCCAGCAUCCUCCACUCCCACACUGUCCCGCUCCAGUUCCAUCAGUGGGACUGAGCACACUGGCUUGGUUUCCUCACUUUUCUCACAGCAGGAUGUUUCCCUUGACCAUUCUUUCAGCACUAUGACCAUGUCCAUCAGUGGGACUAACCUGUAUGAGGCAGCUCGGCUGGGUGGUGAAUCCAGUGUUAUUGAGAGCCUGCAGUCUCAGCUCAAGCUCAGAGAGGGUGAGAUAGCCCAGUUGCAGUUGGAGAUUGCAAGUCUAGAGAGAAGCCGCACUGUGAUGGCAGAAGAGCUGGUGCGACUGACCAAUCAGAACGAUGAGAUGGAGAGUAAAGUGAAGGAAAUUCCCAGACUCAAAGCGCAACUGAAGGAUUUAGAGCAGAGACACAACACAAUCCUGCAGAUGUAUGGGGAGAAGGCAGAAGAAGCAGAAGAGCUGCGUCUGGACCUGGAGGAUGUGAAGAACAUGUACAAAACACAACUUGAUGAACUGUUAAAAAAUCAAAAACAUUAAACUUUACAAAUGGACUCAAAUAUGAUUACUGUAAAAAGAGCUUUACAGUAGGAGUAACUGCUUGUAUAAUUGCACAUCUCAAGAUUGGCAAUAAAUACAAGUAAUUUGAUUUUUAAUUUGUUUCUGAGUAAAGAGUUAACAUAUUUUAAGGGUUUUUAAUUGAUAUAGGUAUUUAAGACAUGAUUCAUCUUGCGGUUGUGGCAUAUUAAGUGUUUAUUCCCCCUUUAUUAAGAACCAUAUUGGGUUUAAGUUAUCUAUCAUUAAUAGGUGAUUAGGUUUUGGUGAUUUAUUGACAUUUGAAUUUGCACAAUGAAGUGAGAGUCCAGACGUCAUCUCCGUAGCUGGAUUGUAAUCAGAAUAAUUAAAAUGCUUCUACACUAUAUUUUCUUAUCUUCAUCCUCUAGGGUGCAAAUCUUACUGGACAUCAGUUGAUUUGCCAUUAAAUAUCUCUUCACAUUGUGAAAAUAAUUAAACAUGCUUUCCAGUUUACAUCAGGGUGCCAGACAUCCUGAAGUUUCUUCUCAUUUCUCCCACAACCCUAAAUGAGUAGACUUUAAAGUUAUUAGUUAAGAUUUGCACUCAUGUAUCUAAUCCUCAUGAUGAUUGAGUUGUGGAAUGACAUGCUUGAGUGAGGGAAAUGUUUCACUUUUAUAUUUCAUGAGAUAUGAUCAUUGUAAAUGUCAUAAAUAACAGUCUGGACUGUCUGAUGCCACUUUAAGAUAUCCUCCCUGUGAAUCUACAGGUUUAAGUGUAAAUAAAGAGAGAUAUUGU